AUGUGGGAAUUAGUAUCAGCGGAGCUGUUCUCAGCAUCGAAUCUCUUCCUUUUGGGAUUCAUGAUAUCGGCGCUGGCGGUGAGCAGUGUCUUUACCCUCUCCCACAUCACUCCAUGGGUUCGAAGGACGCGCGAUGAGUAUCUAACACCGGAAAUCGUGUAUCGGAGCUCUCCGGAAAAAGAAUUCUCGAAGCUUCUAGAAUCCGAAAGAGACGCUCCGAAACGAUACACGCCUUCCCGAUGCUACUUAUCAGUAGUGAUUCCAGCUAUGAAUGAAUCUGAAAGAAUCGAAAUAAUGCUUGAAGAUUGUUGUGAUUAUCUCGAGAAGCGCUCCAAAAAAGAUCUGGAAUUCAGCUAUGAAAUCAUUGUAGUUGAUGACGGCUCCACAGAUGACACCGCAGAUGUAGUCGUCGGAAUUUCUCAACGUCGUCAGAAUAUUCGAGUCUUGAAGUUGAAAGCGAAUCGUGGAAAAGGGGGUGCGGUGAAAAUGGGAGUUUUGCAUUCAUCUGGAAAGCUAAUUCUAUUCGCUGACGCCGAUGGAGCCACAAAAUUCGAGGAUUUCGAAGUUUUGGAGAAAGAAAUGCUCAGAGCCGCUGGCGGCGAACCAUUCGACGAGUCCUUCCCAGCUGUAGUCGUUGGAUCGAGAGCUCAUCUGGAGGCGGCGUCUGUAGCGGAAAGAUCCUUCUUCCGAACGGUGCUAAUGCAUGGAUUCCAUGCUUUGGUUUGGUUGUUCGCUGUGAGAACUGUCAGAGAUACGCAGUGUGGAUUCAAGCUCUUCUCGAGAUCUAUCGCUGCUAGAAUCUUCCCGGUGCUCCACGUGGAACGCUGGGCGUUCGACGCCGAACUGAUCUUCCUGUGCGAGAAAUGGACGGUUCCAGUCAGCGAGGUGUCCGUUCGAUGGAAAGAGAUCGAGGGAUCGAAAAUCACGCCAAUCUGGUCGUGGCUUCAGAUGGGCAGGGAUUUAGUGUUGAUUUGGUUCAGAUAUAAUGGCAAAAUGGUGAAAAAAUCAGCAGCGUCAGUGCCAAAAGCCGCUGAAUUUCCAAGCGAUGAGAUUGUGAUGCAAGAGGAAGUGGUUUUGAAUACCUACGACGAAUGCACGGACUACGUCGAGUACGACGACACCAAAGAGUUCUCCAUCGUCGACUAUUGCUCCCAAAUCAAAGUGGCCAUGGUCAACGAGUCCACCGACAAGAUGACCCUCGAAUUCGACAUCACUCGCAUCGAAGCGCCCAUCGCAAACGCGCUCCGCCGCAUUCUCAUUGCCGAAGUGCCAACGAUGGCUCUCGAGAAGAUCUAUCUCUAUCAAAACACCUCAGUCAUCCAGGACGAGGUUCUGUGCCAUCGUUUGGGACUCCUCCCGCUUCGUGUCGAUCCACGUGGAUUUCAAUUUCCAACGGAAAAAGUUGUGGGAAUCAACGAGAAGGGUGUCGACUGUGAGGAGGAGCCAACAGGAGACCCGGCGAGACAUCUGAUCUUCAAGAUCAACGUGACGUGUACAAAGAAUCGAAACGCGGUGCCAACGGCGACGGAUCCCAAACAGCUCUACCAUAACAGUUCGGUGUACUCCAGAGCCUUUGAAUGGGUUCCAAUUGGGAAGCAAAGUGGGAAUUAUGAUAAGAAGAAUGUGCCAAAAAUGGUGUCCGACGAUAUUCUGGUGGCCAAGCUCCGCCCGGGGCAGGAAAUCGAAGCGAGCUGUCAUGCGGUGAAGGGCAUCGGACGGGAUCAUGCAAAGUUCUCGCCAGUCGCCACGGCGUCCUAUCGUCUGCUUCCCACGAUUCGUUUGAAUGCGGAGAUCUCGGGAGAAGCUGCUGAACGACUUCAGUCGGUGUUCAGUGAAGGUGUCAUCGGAAUCGAGAAGAAAGGGGCCAAACGCAUCGCUGUCGUCAAGGAUGCCCGCAAGGACACAUGCAGUCGUAACGUCUUCCGUCACGAGGAUCUCGCCAAAGUGGUCCAACUCGGCAAGAAUAAGCAGCACUUCAUUUUCAGCGUCGAGUCGACUGGAGCCCUGAAAUCUGCUGAACUCGUUGUGGAGGCGUGCAAAGUGAUGGAAACCAAGUGUCGAUCGUUGCGCAAGCAGAUUGAAGCUCUUCUGGGAUGA